CCGGAGAGGGCGAGACCGCCGGAAGUGGGCCAGAGGGGCGGGAGACCCCAGGAAAUGGGGACACCUGGGGAGGGGGCGAAGACCGGAAGUAGGGGCCUUGGACCGCUGUCAGCGGCUCGGAGGUCUCUGGGGCUCCGAGAGAGAUGGCUUCCUGCCUCCUGUUGUUGUGGACGAGAGGGAAUGCUCCAGAGAGAGAGAGAGAAAGAGAUGACUCCAGCAGGGACCCUGAUAGCUAAUGUCAGAAGAAAGUGACUCUCUGAGAACCAGCCCCUCUGUGGCCUCACUCUCCGAAAAUGAGCUGCCACCGCCUCCGUCGGAACCUCCUGGCUAUGUGUGCUCACUGACAGAAGACUUGGUCACCAAAGCCAGGGAAGAGCUUCAGGAGAAGCCCGAGUGGAGACUCCGGGAUGUGCAGGCCCUUCGAGACAUGGUGCGGAAGGAAUACCCAUACCUGAGUACCUCGCUGGAUGAUGCCUUCCUAUUGCGCUUUCUGAGGGCCCGAAAGUUUGAUUAUGACAGAGCCCUGCAGCUGCUGGUCAACUACCAUGGCUGCAGGCGGAGCUGGCCAGAGGUCUUCAGCAACCUGAGGCCAUCAGCCCUGAAAGACGUUCUCAACUCUGGAUUUCUCACGGUGCUGCCCCACACGGACCCCAGGGGCUGCCAUGUCCUCUGCAUCCGACCAGACAGAUGGAUACCGAGCAACUACCCCAUUACCGAGAACAUCCGAGCCGUAUACUUGACAUUAGAAAAACUCAUUCAGUCCGAGGAGACCCAGGUGAACGGGAUCGUAAUCCUGGCCGACUACAAGGGAGUGAGCUUAUCAAAAGCAUCUCAUUUUGGGCCUUUUAUAGCCAAAAAGGUGAUUGGCAUCCUUCAGGAUGGCUUCCCCAUUCGAAUAAAAGCAGUUCACGUAGUGAACGAACCUCGGAUAUUUAAGGGCAUUUUUGCCAUCAUAAAACCAUUUCUCAAGGAGAAAAUUGCAAACAGGUUCUUCCUCCAUGGAUCUAACCUGAACUCUCUCCACACAAACCUUCCACGGAAUAUCCUUCCCAAGGAGUAUGGGGGCACAGCUGGAGAGCUGGACACUGCCUCCUGGAACGCGGUGCUGCUGGCCUCAGAGGAGGAUUUUGUGAAAGAGUUCUGCCAGCCUAUGCCUGCCUGCGACAGUCUCCUGGGCCAGCCCCUACUACCUGAAGGGCUGAUCUCAGAUGCACAGUGUGACGACUCCAUGCGAGCCGUGAAGUCCCAGCUCUACUCCUGCUAUUAGUACUCUUCCAGGAGAGUCACCAUGUGCACUUCCUUCCUUCCUUAGACAUGCACAGGCUGAAGAUGCCAGGCCCUUGCUCCAUCGCUGUGCAGCUGCUUGGAGCUUAAAUCUCCUGUAGAGAUUUAAAGCGUGCACACCACAGGCAGACCUUUGACUACCUGGGUUUUUCCAGGGAAAACAUGGAAAUUGCCCUGGCGAUUCCCAGAUGUUUGUACUCUGUUUGCAACUGUUACUCUGCAUAAGAGAGCUCUAUCUCUCUUAUGCAUCUUGGAAAGAACAAGGGUCAAAGUCACUCUGAAAAGAAUAGGAGAAGAUAACGUGAUUGAUCAGGACUCUGAAACAAUUGUCAACCUGAAAGGUGGCCACAUGUGAAACUUUUGAGUCUCUUUCCCAUAAACCCUAGGUGUGGACCUCUGCUGCUCAUCAGCAAAGUUCAAGGUUCAGGCCCCAGUUGUCACUGCUGGGGCUGGGAAGCACUGUUAACUGAGUGGUAAACCCCAGGCCCGGGCAGUACUUAAAGAUCGAAUUUGGAAGCCAGAGGCCUCACAGCAUCCCUGGAAUUCCAGGGUUAUAUCUUGCAAUAGAAACUUUUCCCAAACCUGUAAAGCCUUAGGUCCGGUUCUCCAUGGACUCACACAGGUCAACAUAAAAUACUGGAUUCCAGGACUGGCUAAAAAGCAUUUGACUAGGGGUCAGGUGUGUCUGCACAGACGUGAGCCUCAGCUGUCGUCUCUAAGUGAGGCUACAUGGAAUGAGGGCCGUUGGGGCUGCUCAAGUUGUUUGUUAGGUUUCUGCUUGGAAAGAUGACCACCUAGGGGUGGGUGGGUCUCUGUGUUUGUUUUGUCUGUGUACACAAGCCUUAUGUAAAGGAAUAUCAUCAUUUGGCCCUGCCUUUAAAGAAAUUAGUAGGUCCUGGGAGUUGGUGGUAACCAACUGCUGUUACAGAAUGAUGGGUAAACUUGAGAGGGAUGGCUUUGGUGAGGCCGACCAGAUGCUGUGCCAACUCCUUCCACACUGCAUUAGAAACACCCACAGUAACUGCCACAUUUGGGCUCUUUCAGUCUUUGUCCCUGGAAACAUACAGGGGCAGGUUAUUGCUGGUUCACCUGUGGGCCCUGCCCUCCCAAGCACACUGCAGUGUUUGUCUAGUGUGGGAGGACCAGCUGGCCAGAAUGCUAGCUCUGCAUUUGGGUAUUAUAGACACCUGACAAGAUUUUAGCUUUAACUCAAGCACUGAGUGAGGUGAUUUAUCUCCCAGCUUUUGACUUGUUCCCUUUGGUAAUUAUGUGUCAAGUACCAUUGGUUGUGCAUCUCCUAGACUAAGCAGGCAUUGCAUAUAGCUUUCAUACAGUGCUUGGAGAUCAGAGGUCAGUUGGUUCUUAACAUUUCCCAAAAUGUCUGCAGAAGCUCUUUAUGGAAACUUACCUCAAUAAUGCCACUUCCGGGGAACAUUCUUUUCACCAUAGAUGCUAGUUGUUAAGCUUUUAGGCCCUGGCCGAGUUUUAGCACCAGUCACCCCUCCUGACCGCCAUUGAGACCAUCUGCUGCUGAGUUUCUGCUAUGUGGUUUAGCUCCUGGCCACCUAGACACCUGAAAAGACCCAAGAUGGCUCCCAGCAGUCUUGAUGGGAGAGUCUUAUUAGAAGCUUGCUUAGGUGGUUUGGGAGAAAGCAGAAGGAAAAAACAAAGGAAAAGAUGAAUCCCUCAGUCCUACCAGGUUCCCUAAAUUUAAUCGUGUCACAUCAGUAGCUAGUUCUUGGUCUCCUUGACUUAACAAACGGACAACCAGACUCUUGGGGAGAAAUCUCAGAGCAGAAAUGUUGCCUGUUUGCCAGGCCUUUCUGGUUAGGCCAAGAGGGAGCCAUUCCGUCAAGCCUCUAAGGAGUCUGGGUCUGCUAUGUCCCUACUGCUGCUUGUGGACUCUAGAGACCUGUCUUGGCACCUCAGCUUUGAAGCUGGCUGAGAGACCAGGACCUCCUGGUGUAAAAUAAAGCAACUCGGCUGUUGAGCAGCAGGGGUGCAGCAGGCCUCAGCUGAGGGGAGCACACUGGUGGAGCCAGCACUUGAGCAAGAGCCUGGAAGUAUCUGACUUUAGGGUAAAGUGCUAGACAUUUCAGACAGCUGGAAACCAGCUUUUCCUAAAUUCAAGGUCAUGUGGAAUUGAAGAGAAAGGGAUGGAACAUUAACACCCUGAGUGCUGGACAGGGGCUUGUAUGCUGAACUCUGAAUCCUGUUCUGAGCCUCUGGCCAUAAGAACACUCUAUUCUGCUUGGUGCUGAAAUGUCCUAGUUUAGGAAUACAGUUGUCUUCUCUUUCUCAAGUCCCCUACAGAGUUCAGUUCAGCUUCCUAGAAAUGUACGUAUUCUGCAGAAAUACAGAUAAAAUCUACAGAAACAGCCAGAAGUGCUGGCUUCACAAACCUUGGCUUUCUCCAGGUGGGUUUGGACUGCUCAUACUUGACCCUCGGCUUGUAAGCACCUCAGGUUAGGGUGCAGUUUCUUCUGAGUUGGAGGGACUGGAGCCAUUCCCUCUGAAUAUCUGAAACGGCUUUAUUACCUAGCAGGUAAUUUGGGUAGAUGUCAUUUCAUCCUUGAGAUUACUCAUGGAACUUGCUUUUUCAGUUGGGCGGCAACAGCUACACUGCUGCGGUGGUAUUAUAAUACCUCAUCAAGGGUUUUCUCACGGCACCUCCUUUAGGAAGGAAACCUAUAACUCAGUUGAUGUAAGGAUAGUUGUGCUGUGGUCAUGUCAGGCAGGAACACCAGAUACAUGGGUAGUCGGGAGACACCCUGGUAAGGCUUCUCAGUACUUGAUCUGCUCAGUUUGUAAAUCUGCUUUCUCUGCUCUCCUGCCUCGGAAAUGCUCAACUUCAAAUGCAAGAAGCACCAUCAAAUGUUUCUUCUCAAUGGGAACUUGCUCCACAGGAAGGUCCAGUGGGAUUUGCAGGUGGAGUCACAUUUACUGCUUUGUGACCAGAUUUACUGGUUUUCAAUUACCUGGGGCCCUAUGUCUAUGUUUUCAACAUUUUCCCAUCAGGCAGUUAGUGGUAGCCACUUUGGAUUCUUGUGGAUGUGCCUCAGCUGUUUGGCAUAUUACAUAGGAACCCAAUAGGUAAAAAAAAUACUUGAAACUUCUCAGUGGCCAAGACCUCCGAUACCCUCUCUGAUGGGUGGGAGCUGGGCUAUUUUCCUGACCAAUCUAGGCCACCAUUUUAGCCCCUGGUCACAUUCCUUACUUCAAACUUAAAUUCAGUUUGGCUUUGAGUAUAGGCACAUAUGGUGGAUUCACCUACUUCAGUGUUUUGACAAAAAGUUUAUUUUUCUAGUGCAUUUUUCUAAAUGGUAAAAAUAUGUAAUUUUAGUAUGCAUGACUUGAUCUCCAAAAUAAAAAUCCCUGUAAAGCUGA